AUGGGGAAGAUCAUCUUCUAUGAGGACAAGAACUUCUCUGGGUCCCAUGUUGAAUGCUGCAAUGAUUGUGCGGACCUGCUGUGCCUCCUGAACUGCUGCAACUCCAUCAAGGUGAAGAGCGGCAGCUUCAUGAUCUAUGAAAAACCCAACUACAAUGGCAACCAGUACUACCUGAGGAGAGGAGAGUAUCCUGACUUCCACCACUGGAUGGGUGUCACUGAAUGUGUCAGUUCCUGCCGCCUCAUCCCCCAGGAGGCUGGGCUGUUCAGCAUGCGCCUGUAUGAGCGGAUCGAGUUCGGUGGUCAGAUGAUGGACCUUGUGGACGACUGUCCCAGCGUCAUGGACCGCUUCCACAUAAACGACAUCUUCUCCUGCAAUGUCACCAGCGGCAACUGGCUCUUCUAUGAGCACCCAAACUACCGUGGCAGGAUGUACCUGAUAAGGCCUGGAGAGUACAAGAGGUUCAGUGAGUGGGGUGGCAGGAACGCCAGGGUCGGCUCCAUCAGACGCAUCAUGGACUAUUGA